UAUAGUGUUGCUACGGCAACAAGUAAGCAGUGGAUUUGUUUACCGCGAGCGCGCUGUUAACCCCGGUGUACAGCUGCUUUAAGCUUCGUUCACACUAAGCGGCGGGACAUGGACUCAGACGCGCUGUACUGCUCGGUAGAUUUAGUGUGUGGGAGCGGAGUGACGCUGAGUGCUGAGCACAGAGCCGCCCUGCAGAGCUCUCUGAUCAUCCUGAAGAGAAACAUGAACUUCAGACGAGUUCUGUUCUGGGGGAAGAUCUGCGGGAUUAAAAAUGAUUACUUCAUAGCGCAGGGGGUCGGGGAGGAUCAAAUCAGAGACAGAAAGUCUAUAUACAGCAUUAACUGCAUAGACUGGCACCUGCUCCCUCCUGCCACUAAAGCCCUUAUUGAUGAGGUGGCAAUGGCCGCCAAAGGGCGUUUUAUGGGUGACCCAUCGCACAAGUAUGAGCACGAGACACAGGAACAAGAAGAAGGUCAGACUACGAAGGUGAAAGUGAAUGAAGAGCAGAGGUUGGCUGUGACUGUUUUUACUAUUGAUAACGAGGUGGCUGUUGUACCACGUGGUGCAUACAUUAAGAACCUUCAAGGCAUUGCUCAACCUAACCGCAGUUUUGAGGGCUUAAACCCGUCGGAGGCUGCAGAACUGAGCAACUAUCUUCAUUUCUCUGAAUCCAGGAAACCAAGGAAAAAAAACAUUAUGGAAAUGGCAAAUCUGAACCCCUCAAUUGAUUUCCUGGAUCCUCUGAGUGAGGACAUUCCAAAAGGAUCAUGGAUUGUGCAUUUUGAGCAUGGCAACAGGGUGUGCACAAUAAAGAGUCUGGUGUGGCAGGGCCUCACCUUCUUCAAUUUGCCUAUGACUCCAUGGCAUGGUUACCUAUAUAUGGGAGACGGGCUUAAAAACGUGGAUUUGUCAUUCAUGCUGUAGGAACAGAACAGACUUUACAGGGGCUACAAGUAUUAAAGCAGAAAACAGUACGUAGUAUUUGAUUUGUGAUAAUUCCUGUAAACAAACCAAUAAAAGACAGAAAUUCUU